AAUUUUAUUUGGUCCAUUAAUUUUGAAUUAAAGCGUCAUUUAAUCAAUGCAUAUUUCUGAAUGAUAUAUCUAAGAUCUGCUAUAUACUACAAAAAAAAUGGAAUGAUUUAAAUAUAAAAUAUUGAUACAUAUAGACAGUUGCAACUGAAAUGGCCACUCCUGAAAUAACGCCCCACGUGAUAUUUGGACUGAAGACUGGGAUAAAAGGCAAUGCGACGUACAUCUCGGACAACGAGCUCCUGUACCCAGUUGGAGCGGUGCUGGCGGUUCACAACUUUGAUGAGAAGCGCCAGCGUUACAUUAAACUUAAUGACAAAAGGAAAGGUGUGAACAUAAUAUGUGUCAGUAACAACAAGGAGCUGCUGGCGGUGGGAGACAGCGGCGAGCGCGCCUCCGUGUCGCUCUACGACCUCGAGACGCUGCAGCUCAGGAAGACGCUGGUCGCCCCGCCUGAGAUCACCGCUGCCGAGUUCGCGUCGCUGUCCUUCACCUGCGACGCCAGCCAGCUGGCCGCGCUCGCCGGCGCGCCCGACUGGACGGUGGUGUUCUUCAACCUGGCGCGCGGCCGUGUCGACAGCUCCGUGCGCGCCAACAAUCCCAGCAACCCGGGCCCCGUCUUCCAGGUGCUGUGCAACCCCAAGGACAGCACGCUGGUGUGCGCCGUGGGGCCGGGCCUGUUCCGCCUGUUCGGCUUCUCCGACGCCGGCUGGCGCCCCUACGGCUUCCAGAAGUCGGACGCCCUGUCGCUGACCUGCGCCUGCUGGCUGACGCCGGACCGCGUGGUGGCGGGCACCCGGGACGGCGCGCUACUCUUCGUCGACUCGGGCGAGGUGAAGGCCAUCGUGCGGCGCGCGCUCGACGCCUCGCUCAUCGUCAUCAAGGUCAAGGACGAGCCGCCGGCCCUGUCGUCCAUCAGCCUGCGUCUGUCGAGCACCUCGUCGCUGGACGCGUCGUGCGAGGUGCGCGAGCUGCUGCCCCUCGCCAAGGGCUUCGCGUUCGCGUGCGGCGCGGGCACGGUGCACCUGUUCGAGCGCGAGGGCGCCAACAAGUACAGCAAGAGCGCCGUGCUGCUGGUCCCCACGCCGCACUUCGCGGAGGGCACGGCCUCGGACCUCACCGCCGUGCAGUGCCUGGCCGCCGGCGCGUCCCAGGACCGGGUGGCCGCCACCACGCUGCGCUCCCAGCUGUACUCGGCGCCGCUGUGGGGCGCGGCCGGCCACGACCCGGACCAGGUGGCGAGCGCGCAGUUCCGCGAGCUGGGGGAGAGCCUGCACCACGGGGCCGUGGCAGGACUCGCCACCUGCGCCUGGAAGCCCGUGUUCAUGACGUGCGGGCGUGUGGACCGCACGGUGCGGCUGUGGAACCACGACACGGGCAGCCAGCAGCUGGAGCGGCAGUACCAGGACGACGUGCAUUGCGUCGCGCUGCACCCCACCGGUCUUUUCGCGGCCGUCGGCUUCUCGGACAAGCUGCGCCUGGUGAUGCUGCUGAUGGAGGAGCUGCAGCCCAUCAGCGCGUUCCCGGUGCGCGGCUGCAAGGAGUGCGUGUUCAGCGCCAGCGGGCACCUGCUGGCCGCCGCCAACGGCAACAUCAUCCAGCUGUUCUCCACCGUCUCCUUCGGCACCGUGCAGACCCUCACCACGCACAAGGGCAUCGUGCACGGGCUGGCGUGGGCGGCGGGCGACCAGCGGCUGGUGUCGUGCGGCGCGGAGGGCGCCGUGUACGAGUGGGACGUGGCGGUGGGCCGCCGCGUGGCAGAGGUCAUCGUGAAGCACUGCUCCUUCCACAGCGUGGCCGUCACGGCCGACGGCCGGACCAGCUUCGCCGUGGGCAGCGACACUCUGCUCUACGAGAUCUCCAACUCCACCGUGGUGCGCGCCCUGGAGGUGACCGGAGAGGAGUUGAACUGUGUCACCCUGUCGCGCUCCGACCCCGUGCUGUUCCUGGGCACGGCAGGAGGGGCCGUGCUGGCCGUCAAGUUCCCGCUCACGGAGCCCCUGGCCUUCACCCGCCACCAGAUGCACGGCGACAGUAUCUCCCGGAUGGUGCUGACUCACGGCGACCGCACGCUGGUCAGCUGCGACGCGGACGGCGCGGUGUGCCUGUGGGACGUGGGCGCGGGCCGUGCGCGCGCCGCCGGCUACGUGUGCACGGAGGUGCUGGUCGGGCGCGCCGACCUAGAGGACAAGCUGCGCACCAUCCAGGCGCUGGGCGCCCGCGUCGACGAGAUGAGGGCGGAGCAGGCCUACCAGCAGCAGCUCGACCAGAAGGAGCACGCGCGGAGGAUGGCGGACCUGCGCGCCUCGUGCUCGGAGGCCAUCAAGGAGCUGCAGGACCGGAUCGCGCGGCUGGAGGCGGAGCACGCCCGCCAGGUGGCCGCGCUGAACCGCGCAACCGCGCGCGCCCGCGACGAGCACCAGCAGGCGCUGGUCGCCAUGGAGACCGACUACAGCCACAAGCUCAUCGUGGAGUACGACAAGUUCCAGGAGCUGGAGCUCAAGAUGGCCGCUGACGCCCAGGAGUACGAGGCGCGGCUGGAAGAGGCCCAGCGCGACAGGGAGGAUGCGCUGCAGGCGCUGGAGGCCCGCUGCUCCGCGCAGCUUAACGAGCGCGACGCCCGCGUGCAAGAGCUGGAGGAGGAGGCGCGGCAGGCGGCGCGCGAGCACGAGGCCGCGCGGCAGCUGCUGGAGGAGGACGCGGACCAGGAGAUAGCGGAGCUGCGCGCGACGUGCGCGGCCCAGCUGCGCGAGGAGCGCGCCGCCGGCUCGCUGCUGCGCACGGAGGCGGGCGUGCUGCGCAAGAAGGCGGCGGCGCUGGGCAAGGAGAUGGAGGAGGCGCGCCACGAGGCGGAGCGCCUGGCGCUGGACCUGCAGCGGCUGCGCCAGAACUCGGCCGAGCUGGAGCGCGACGUCGCCGACCUCAAGAAGGAGAUCAGCGAGCGGGACACCACCAUCCAGGCCAAGGAGAAGAGGAUCUACGAGCUGCAGCGGAAGAACCAGGAACUGGAGAAGUUCAAGUUUGUGCUGAACUACAAGAUAGACGAGCUGAAGAAGCAGCUGGAGCCCAAGGACGAUGAGAUAAAAUACAAGAAGGAGCAGAUAAAGGAGAUGGGCGAGGAGCUGGAGAAGCUGGAGGCCCACGGCGUGGCCCUGGAUCUGCGCGUGGCCAGCCUGCGCGACCAGGCGAGCGGCUGCGCCCAGGAGCUGCAGGCGGAGCGCGAGCGCGCGCGCAGCACGGAGGCCCUGCUGCGACGGAUACGCACCGACCUGCACGCCUGCUCCGGGCACGUGCAGGAGCCGCGCCGCCUCAAGGAGAUGGUCGUGGCGCUGUACCACAAGUACUGCCAGGACGAGGAGAUGGAGGCAGGGCUGCGGCAGGCCGAGGCGGUCCAGGCCGAGAUGCUGCGGCAGAGGGAGCACCUGGAGACGACCAUCGCAGACCUGCGCGCCCAGCUGGGCAAGGGCACGCGCGACCACCGCCUCAAGCUCAUGGAGGAGAACGUGGCGCUGGUGGCGGAGGUGAACAGCCUGCGCCGGCAGCUGAGCGUGCUGCAAGAGGCGCGGCGCGGCGGAGCGUCGGAGCUGCAGCUGGCGCUGGCCAGCCAGCACCGCAGCACGGCGCAGCUGCAGGCCAAGAUACAGGAGCAGGAGAAGACCAUCGCGCUGCUGCGGACCGAGGUGCAGUGGCUGGCGGGCCGGCAGAGCGGCGACCACCCCAGCACCGGCUGACGAGAGCGACCUCCCGCCGCUACGUACGCGCGUGCCGCUCGUCAGUGGCUAGAGGCGCGCCUCGUUCCCGCUCCGCUCGCCCCGCGCGAGCGUCCCCCGGAGCCAGUGCCAACACUCGUUUCCUUCAAGUUUACAACACCAGAGACUUUUAUUCUUGUGCGUGUUUGUUUUGAAAUACACCUACACUUAAGUUUGUUGUUUACAUUAUGUAGAGUACUGACAUUCAAUGUAUUCACGUAAUAACAGUUAUUUUAUAAACAACAAAAAUUUUA